AUGUAUUCAAUUUUAGCUUCACUUCAUCCAGCUUCACGAAAUGGUCAACGAAUAUCAAGUUAUCGUACAUUUAUUGAUUUAUAUGAUUUCUCUUCAUGUCGCGGGAUUGUUGAUUUGAAACAAAUAGACACUUUUGAACGAAGCAACAAUAUUUCAGUAAAUGUUUAUUCUUACAACAUGGAUGAUAAAUAUGUUAUUCCAAUACGAAUAACCAAACAUCAAUUACAGAAACAUGUUCUCCUUUUUCUUUAUGGUGAUCAUUAUUAUCCCAUAACUUCAUUUCAACGACUUUUAUCAUCUAAAUCGUCAUAUCAACGAAAAUAUUGUCAAAGAUGUUUGAUUGGUUUCCAUGAUGAACAAAAACUUAUUGCACAUAUUGUAGAUUGUGAUCAGUAUGAACCACAACGUAUUGUUAUGCCAAAACGAACUGGUGAACCCUCUUAUUUAAUGAAAAAGAAUUUCAGUAAAGAAGAAAAACACCCGUUCGUCAUUUAUGCUGAUUUUGAGUGUUUGUCUAUUCCGACAGGUGAUCCACAAAAACCAUUCAGACAUGAACCAUGUAGUUAUGGUUACAUUGUUGUUGAUUGGGAAAAAAAUGUUCUAUUUAAAAACUUUUGUCAUGGAAACAAUAUCGUAGGCGAUUUUUUACGGGAGAUAAGAGAUCUACAACAACCUUUACAAGACUAUUUGAAAGCAAAUAUUAAACCAUUAGUAAUGACUGAUGAAGAUGAGGAUGAUUUUAAAAAAACUGAUUAUUGUGUAAUCUGUGGCCAAUACCUUGAUUUACAAAAGAGAGUACGUGAUCAUUGUCAUCUCACUGGUGUUUUCAGAGGUGCCGCUCACCCAGAAUGUAAUUUACAACGUUCUUUACCAACUCGUAUCCCCGUUUUCUUUCAUAACCUUAAAAACUAUGAUGGACACAUUAUUAUUAAGAAUAUCGCUGAAAAUAUUUUCAAUGCUAGACUUAUUGUAAUUCCAUCAUCACUUGAAAAGUAUAUUGGAUUUUUUAUCGGUCAAUUUGCUUUUCUUGAUUCUCUAGCCUUUUUACCAACGAGUCUUGACACUUUAAGUUCUAAUUUAUCAACUGAUGAUAAACUUCACUUCUUAAGACAAGAAUGGUCAACUGGGGAUUUGUCAGAAGUUUUAAAAAAAGCAACAUUACCUUAUGAAUAUAUUUCAUCUAUUGAUAAAUUUUAUGACAACUGUUUACCAUCAAAAGACAAAUUUUAUUCUUCUCUAACUGAUUCUAACAUUUCUGAUGAAAUGUAUUCAAGGUUAGAAAAAAUUUGGCAUCAAUUUAAUUGUGAAGUGCUCGGUGAUCUUAUCGAUGUUUAUCUUAAAGUUGACGUGUACAUGUUAGCAGCCUCUUUCGAGAAUUUCAGAGAAACAUCAAUGAAAGAUUUUAAAAUUGAUCCACCUCACUAUAUGACAGGCCCUGGACUUUCUUUCGCUGCUGCUUUUCGUCGUCUUCAAAUAGAAGUUGAACUUUUUUGUGAUAUCGAUAAGUUAAUGAUGAUUGAAAAAGGGAUUCGUGGCGGUUUGACCACUGUUGCUAGACGAUAUGUCAAAGCAAAUAAUCCAAAUGUACCUGGAUAUGACGGUGGUGAUCAAACACAUUUACUAUAUCUUGAUGUGAAUAAUCUUUAUGGCUAUGCGAUGUGUUCUUACCUCCCAUAUGCUUACUAUGCUUGGAAAAACUUCGAUGAUGAAGAAGCUGUACUUCGCGAUCUAAGAUUCUCUUCCGGUUACAAUUAUAUAUAUGAAGUUGAUUUAGAAUAUCCAUCUGAACUUCAUGAUGAACAUGAUGACUUUCCACUGGCACCACAUAAACUAAAGAUAGAUAAUGAAAUGUUAAGUCCUUAUGCUAAAAGAAUUGUUGAAAAAUUACAAGAAAGAGGUCAUCAUAGUGUAAGUAGUGAAAAACUAGUUGCCACUUUUCUCAAGAGAGAAAAAUACGUUGUUCAUGGUCUUAAUUUAAAAUUCUAUAUGGAAAAAGGACUCAAAGUGACUAAGAUUCAUCGUAUUCUCAAAUUUUCUUCGUUGCCUUGGCUACAAGAUUAUAUUGAGUUCUGCACAUCGAAAAGACAACAAGCAAAGAUCCAUUUACUUCAUCUCUUUAUAAACUAUUCGUGA